AUGCCUCCGAAGAAGAAAUGUACCCACAAGGCCAGGAAGGCAGAGCUGAUAUUCCUUGAGAGGCCGCGAGAGGGACCCGUCCAUUGCUAUGAAACUCCGCUAACUUCAGCCGAGAAUCCAAGACGUGUUCCUACAAAACCCAUAGACCAGAACACCUCUGCUGCCUGGGUGCGCCCACAAUUUGAAGCAACUAAGUCAGUGGUGUUGAAAACACGUGAGAAGAAGCGUUGUGGUCCUCACAAACCCCAGAAUCAGGAUGCCAACCACAGUUCGCUUCAUGCAGGAGGAGCUUGUCGAAGACCUAUAGCCUGCAAAUUUCCUCCUUUAACUUUUGAGUAUCCAGAUGGACAUGCAGUCCACUGCUCAGGUAGUCCGAAUCGCUCGAGGAAGAACACACAGCACUCUCACAUCCAGGUGAACAGCCCAGAGAACUGCAGAGAAAGUCCUUUGUUACCUGCUCCCCAGACUGUGGAGCCAGAAGUCUUUAGUCCACCAGAUGUAGAGACUCCACAAACGCCUUCCGUAAGGAACUGGAGACACAGCAGCACUCUGCCACAAGGAAGUAGCCAUGCCUGGCAUCCAGAAAAAGAGCUGGCAUUUGGUAUUGACCCCUGUGGGAGAGAGGAGUCAGCAGCAGUACUGGUUACAGAUACUCCUGAACAUGAGUAUGGAGUAAAGGUUACUUGGAGACGGCGGCCUCAUCUGAUGAAAUACCUGCGGGAGAGAGGGAAGCUGAGCACUGCCGACAUACUGGUGAAGACGAACACCGAGUUCUCUAAGGAGACAGGCCAACGGCCGACCUGGUGGGAGCAGUAA